UUAUUCGGGUAUCUGGAUCUCGAUGAUGGGAUUAAUAAACAAACAUAAAAACUAUUUCUAUUUUUAAAAAUUGAUAACCUUUUCAUUUUAGAGGGGGUGUCUUAUAUAUGUAUGUAGGUAUAUUUAACAGAGUGUAGAUAUUUAAAUCCGAGGUCGGACUGUAUUUAAAUUGAUAUAGGUAAAUAAAAUUAUUUUUACCUAUAAUUUUAGUGCUAGCCAAAAAUACAAAGUGGAUGGAUAAAUUAAGAGAAACAAAAUAUACAAUUGGCUUAUGUGAAAUGUUCCAUACAGGAGCAUUAAUGAUUUUCCCACUUGUUGGUAUUCCAACAAAGAAUAUUGUUCUGACUAGAACUUUGCCUUUUGAUACCCAUUUUUAUUAUUUGAUGGGUUUAAAUGAAAAAAUUAUUUCUAAAAAUAUUCCUGAGCGACGAACAUUAUUAGCUGUUGGAAGGGAAGCAUUAACACAAACAUACAGAAUUAGGGAUGAUUAUGAAAAUGAAUGGGAAACAAAUAAAAUAUAUUAUGAAAAUGCAGAAGAAGCAUUUAAAAUAAUUUAUGGAAAAAAUGGAAUUGAAUUUAAAAAUUUUGAAAAUUUAAUUAAGGAAACAAAAUAUAUUUUUUGUAAUCUCCAACUAGAAUUAGAUUUUAAGGAAAUUGAAGAAAUAUUUUUAAAUGAGGAAACUUUAAAAGAAAAAGUUAAAUUUAUUGGCGGAAUUAUUGCUACGGAGCCUGCACCAAUUAAGCCUGUAAUUUUUUUGCAAUAUUACGAGUCCAAUAAUUGUGUUUUGUUAAUAUUAUAUGUAUCAUUCUAA